AUGGAAAUAUAUUCUUUGUUGGCAUUGGCCGCCGGCCUGCAGACACGUUCUGAUGUGGUCGUAGGUGAUGUACUCUCCAAGUGUUGCUUCCCUACACUCGAUGGUUGCUGGUGUGCCGCAGGCUGCACACACCGCGGUAUAGGAGGCGGACAUGGUGGUCACCAUGAAACACAUCAAGAGGGUGAAGGCGAACCACGCGCGGAGGAUCGACAUGGUGGCGGGGGAAUGCACAAGUUUUCGCAACUCACCGUCUACAGGAGAAAUGAAGAAAUUAUGGCCGAAGAAUCUACACAGUCUAAACCUCCAAAAAUAUCAUCAUCUGGAGGUUUGGUCCCCCGACCCGCCCCCGGCCUUGCCCCAUGCAGCCAAGUCGGUUUUGUACAGUAA